AUGCCGGUGGAAAUAACACUUCAGGAUAUCAAUGACAACCCACCAGUAUUCCCCACAGAUAUGCUUGAUCUGACUGUAGAAGAGAAUAUAGGAGAUGGAUCUAAAAUAUUGCAGCUGACAGCCAUGGAUGCAGAUGAGGGAGCCAAUGCCCUUGUCACAUAUACUAUUAUCAGUGGUGCGGAUGAUAGCUUCCACAUUGACCCUGAGUCAGGAGACCUGAUAGCCACGAAGCGCCUGGACCGGGAGCGCCGCUCCAAGUACUCCUUGCUGGUUCGUGCUGAUGACGGCCUGCAGUCCUCAGACAUGAGAAUAAACAUCACUGUUAGCGAUGUUAAUGACCAUAUCCCCAGAUUCUCCAAGCCAGUGUACUCCUUUGACAUCCCAGAAGAUGCCACUCCAGGUUCCUUAGUGGCAGCCAUUCUAGCCACUGAUGAUGACUCUGGUAUCAACGGGGAAAUCACGUACACUGUAAGUGAAGAUGAUGAAGAGGGUGUCUUCUUCCUGAACCCCAUUACCGGAGUCUUCAACCUGACUCGCGCACUGGACUAUGAAGCACAGCAGUAUUACAUUCUGACUGUCCGCGCGGAAGAUGGGGGAGGCCAGUUUACUACCAUCAGAGUGUACUUCAAUAUAUUGGACAUCAACGAUAACCCACCAGUGUUCAGCAUGACCUCAUACAGCACGUCUUUGAUGGAGAACCUGUCUCCAGGAUCCGCUAUUCUCAACUUCAGUGUCACUGAUGCAGAUGAUGGCUCCAACUCACAGCUGUCCUUCAGCAUCGCAUCCGGGGACAGUGCAGGGCAGUUUGGCAUUGACAACAGUGGGGUGCUGAGCAUCAGGCAGCCUUUGGACCGGGAAAGCCAGUCUUUCUACAGCCUCGUCGUGCAAGUCCAUGACAUGGCCCCUCUCCUGGCCUCCAGGUACACAAGUACAGCCCAAGUUUCAAUUAUUCUGCUGGAUGUGAACGACAGCCCUCCAAGCUUUAUCUCCCCGAAGCUGACCUACGUCCCAGAAAACACGCCAAUAGAUACAAUCGUGUUCAAAGCAAAGGCGACCGAUCCCGACAGCGGUCCAAACAGCUACAUCGAAUACAGUCUGCUCCGGCCUCUGGGAAAUAAAUUCAGCAUUGGCACUAUUGAUGGUGAAGUGAGGCUUACUGGGGAGCUUGACAGAGAAACCGUGUCCAACUACACCUUGACUGUGGUAGCCACAGACAAGGGUCAGCCAUCCCUUUCUUCAUCUACAGAUGUGGUGGUUAUAGUUCUGGACAUUAAUGACAAUAACCCGCUUUUUGCCCAAAAGCUUUAUAAAGUAGAGGUGGGGGAAAAUACAUUGACAGGGACAGAUUUAAUCCAGGUAUUUGCUACGGAUGGAGACGAAGGUACAAACGGGCAGGUCCGCUACGCUAUUGUGAGCGGAGAUGCCAAUAAUGAGUUUCGAAUCGAUUCUGUGACAGGGGUGAUAACAGUUGCCAAGCCUUUGGACAGAGAGAAAAAGCCUUCCUACACAUUGACUGUUCAGUCAGCCGACCGUGGGAGCAGCCCAAGGACCGAUACCACGACAGUCAGUAUUAUGCUGAAGGAUGUCAAUGAUUAUAUUCCCACAUUUGAACUUUCUCCCUACUCUGUGAACGUCCCUGAGAAUUUAGAGACACUCCCAAAAGUUAUUCUUCAGGUUGUAGCAAGGGACGAUGAUCAAGGCCUAAACAGCAAGCUUACUUAUGUGCUGGUGGCUGGAAAUGAAGAAGGAGCCUUCACUCUCUCUGCUACUGGAGAGCUGCGCUUGGUGCAGAGCCUGGACCGGGAGGCGAAGGAGCAGUAUGUACUACUGAUCACAGCCGCUGAUGCAGGGUCUCCUGCCCUCACUGGCACUGGAACUAUUGCUGUCAAGGUGGAUGAUGUCAAUGACAAUGUGCCCACAUUCGCCUUUAACGUGUAUUCUGCCACUGUUCCAGAGGAUGCACCUACGGGGACAGACAUUUUGCUCGUAAACUCCUCAGAUGCUGACGCUUCUACAAAUGCUGUUGUUAGCUAUAGGCUCACCGGUGGCAAUUCGCAAUUCACAAUCAACCCAUCAACGGGACAAAUCAUCACGAGUGCUCUCCUCGAUCGAGAGGUGAGGGAGAACUACACUUUGGUGGUGGUGGCAAGCGACAGGGGCUUCCCCAGGGCUCUCUCCAGUUCUACCAGCGUGCUCGUCGCCGUUGCUGAUGUGAAUGACAACCCGCCCAAGUUUCAACACCACCCCUAUGUCACCCACGUCCCAUCGCCUACCACUUCAGGCUCGUUCGUGUUUGCUGUAACUGUCACCGAUGCAGAUGCCGGCUCCAAUGCUGAGCUCCAUUAUUCCCUUGUGGGGAAAAACUCCGAGAAAUUCCACAUCGAUCCAGCAAGGGGAGCGAUCCUGGCUGCGAACCCACUAGUAGGAGAAUCUGAAGUCACCAUUUCUGUUCACGUGAGGGAUGGCGGCCGGUACCCUGAGACAGAUUCUACAACCGUCACUGUGAGGUUUGUGAACAGAGCAGAAUUUCCUCGCGUUCAGGCGGAUCAGGAGACCUUUACGUUUCCUGAAAACCAAGCGGUUGGUACGCUUGUCACCACCGUCUCCGGGUCUUCAGCCAGAGGAGGCUCCUUGUCUUACUACAUCGCCAGUGGUAACCUGGGCAGCACCUUCCUGGUCGACCAGGUGACAGGACAGCUUUCUGUCGGGCGGGCUUUGGAUUUUGAAGCCAUACAGAAAUACGUGGUUUGGAUCGAGGCCAGAGAUACAGGCUUUCCUCCCUUUUCCUCGUAUAAGAAACUGGAAGUAACGGUAAUAGAUGUCAAUGAUAACGCGCCGGAGUUUGAGCAAGAUCCCUUCAUUGCAGAAAUAGUGGAAAACCUGUCCCCACGGAAGAUACUGACAGUGGCUGCUGUCGACAGGGACAGUGGUCUAAAUGGACAACUAAAUUAUGAAAUAAUUGAGGGCAAUAUGGAAAAUAGUUUCAGUAUCAAUCGAGCCACUGGUGAGAUCAGAAGUGUCAGGCCCUUGGACAGGGAGAAAUUGCCUCGAUACACACUAACCAUAAAAGCUUCAGAUAAAGGCACCCCACUCCAGAGCACAACAGUCAAAGUUAUUAUUAAUAUUUUAGAUGAAAAUGACAAUGCUCCGAGGUUUUCCCAGAUAUUCAGUGCUUCUGUGCCUGAAAAUGCACCUCUGGGUUUUACGGUAACCCGAGUCACAACUUCAGAUGAAGACAUUGGGGUGAACGCCGUCAGCAGGUACUCUAUAAGGGAUACAAGUCUCCCAUUUACCAUAAAUCCCAGUACUGGGGACAUCACCAUCAGCAGACCACUAAACAGGGAGGACACAGACCGCUACAGAAUCAGGGUCUCUGCACAUGACUCCGGGUGGACGGUGAGCACGGAUGUCACCAUAUUUGUCACGGAUGUCAACGACAAUGCCCCACGAUUUACAAAGCCAUCCUAUUACUUGGAGUGUCCUGAGCUUCCUGGGAUUGGGUUGAAGGUCACUCAGGUUUCAGCUACUGACCCUGAUGAAGGAUCAAACGGCCAAAUCUUCUACUUCAUAAAAUCCCAGUCCGAGUUCUUCCGAAUUAAUGCAACCACGGGGGAAAUUUACAACAAGCAGUAUUUAAGGUACCAAAACUCUAGCGGUUCAAGCAAUGUCAACAUUAAUAGGCACAGCUUCAUAGUUACUUCUUCAGACCGAGGCAGUCCUCCAUUAAUGAGCGAGACAACCGUCACCAUUAACAUAGUAGACAGCAACGACAACGCACCACUGUUCCUUGCUCAUAAAUAUUUUACUCCUGUUACUAAGAAUGUGAGAGUUGGCACAAACUUAAUUAAAGUUACUGCAGUGGAUGACAAAGAUUUUGGCUUGAAUUCUGAAGUGGAGUACUUUAUCUCUGAUGAAGGCAAAACUAAUAAAUUCAGACUGGACAGGAGUACAGGCUGGAUUUCUGUGUCAUCUUCACUAAUGGAUGAUUUGAACAAAAACUUUCUGUUUAAAGUGAAAGCAAAGGAUAAAGGUAAUCCACCACUUUCGUCUGAGGUAGCUGUUGAAAUAGUUGUGACAGAGGAAAAUUACCAUACACCCGAGUUUUCUCAAAGCCGUAUGAGCAUUACUAUCCCGGAGAGUCACUCUGUUGGAACAGUGGUCAGGACGGUUUCAGCCCGAGACAGAGAUGCUGCUAUGAAUGGAUUAAUCAGAUAUAAUAUUUCCUCUGGAAAUGAGGCUGGCAUCUUUGCUAUUAAUACAACUACAGGUACACUGACACUAACAAAACCACUUGAUUUUGAGUUAUGCCAAAAGCACGAGCUAGUUGUUACUGCCACAGAUGGAGGAUGGGUGUCCAGAACAGGCUACUGCAGUGUCACUGUUAAUGUCAUGGAUGUGAAUGAUAAUUCUCCAGCAUUCAGCCCUGAGGACUAUUUUCCCAAUGUGUUAGAAAAUGCUCCCAGUGGGACAACUGUUAUUCGUUUAAAUGCCACUGAUGCUGACUCUGGACCUAACGCUGUGAUUGCAUAUGCUAUUCAGUCCUCAGAUAGUGACCUCUUUGUCAUUGAUCCCAAUACAGGAACGAUCACCACCCAGGGAUUUUUAGAUUAUGAAACAAAGCAAAGUUACCAUUUAAUGGUAAAGGCUUUUAAUGUUCCAGAUGAAGAGAGGUGCAGCUUUGCCAGUGUCAACAUCCAGUUAGAAGGGACAAAUGAAUAUGUGCCCCGUUUUGUGUCCAAGCUUUAUUAUUUUGAGGUUUCUGAGGCAGCUUCCAAAGGUACUGUUGUAGGCGAAGUUUUUGCAAGUGAUCGUGAUAUGGGAACCGAUGGAGAAGUCCACUACCUUAUCUUUGGCAACAGCAGAAAGAAGGGCUUCGAGAUAGAUGAGAAAAGUGGCCAGAUCUACGUUUCAGGACCUCUUGACAGAGAAAAAGAAGAACGAAUCUCUUUGAAAGUCCUCGCAAAAAAUUUUGGGAGCAUUCGUGGUGCAGAUAUAGAUGAAGUAACAGUUAAUGUCACUAUACUGGAUGCCAACGAUCCUCCUGUUUUUACCCUAGGAACCUACAAUAUACGAAUCAGCGAGGGUGUUCCUCCAGGCACCCAUGUCACGUUCGUGAGUGCCUUUGAUUCAGAUUCUGUCCCUAGCUGGAGCAGGUUUUCCUAUUUCAUUGGGUCUGGCAAUGACAACAGCGCUUUUUCCAUCAACCCGCAGACAGGACAGGUAACAGUCACUGCAGAGCUGGAUCGAGAAACAUUGCCUGUGUACAACCUGUCUGUGCUUGCUAUCGAUUCGGGAAUGCCAUCUGCUACAGGAAGUGCCUCUUUAUUAGUAACUUUGGAAGACAUCAACGACAACGGCCCUACCUUGUCUACCAGCCAAGGAGAAGUCAUGGAGAAUAACCGUGCAGGAACUCUUGUAAUGACGCUUCAAUCAUCAGACCCUGAUCUCCCUCCUAACCAAGGUCCCUUUACAUAUUACUUGCUCAGCACUGGCCCUGCAACCAGCUACUUCAGCCUUAGCACUGCUGGUGUGCUGACAACGACAAGAGAGAUCGACAGGGAGCAAAUCAGCAAUUUCUACCUGUCAGUGAUUACGAGAGACUCCGGUGUCCCUCAGAUGUCUUCUACAGGAACUGUGCAGAUCAAGGUAAUAGACCAAAACGACAACCCAUCUCAGCCCAGAACAGUAGAAAUCUUUGUUCACUAUUAUGGCAACCUCUUCCCAGGUGGAAUUUUGGGCAACGUAAAGCCGCAGGAUCCCGAUGUACUAGACAGCUUCCAGUGUUCCCUCAGCUCAGGAGUCACCAGCCUCUUCAGCAUUCCUGGGGGCACCUGUGAGCUGCACUCGCAAGCGAGGUCCACGGAUGGCACGUUUGACCUGGCCGUUCUCAGCAACGAUGGGUUGCAUGGUGCUGUCACCAGCAGUGUCCGGAUUUUCUUUGCGGGCUUCAGCAAUGCCACCAUUGACAACAGCAUCCUGCUCUGCCUGAACGCCCACAGCGUGCGUGAUUUCCUGACGAAUCACUAUCUCCAUUUCUUGCGCAUCGCCAGCUCCCAGCUGACGGGGCUGGGCACCGCCGUCCAGCUCUACGGGCUGUAUGAGGAGAGCAACCACACCUUCCUGAUGGCGGCCAUCAAACGCGGCAACAACCAGUACGUGAAUCCCAGCGGCGUGGCUACCUUCUUCGAGAGCAUCAAAGAUGUCCUCUUCCGCCAGAGCGGGGUGCGAAUCGAGGCUGUGGACCACGACUGGUGCCUGCAGAGCCCCUGCCAGAACGGAGGGAGCUGCCUGAGGAGGUUGGCGGUGAGCCCAGCCCUGAAGAGCCACGAGAGCAUCCCCGUCAUCAUUGUGGCCAACGAGCCCCUCCGGCCCUUUGUGUGCAGAUGCAUGCCGGGGUACGAUGGGAGUCUGUGCGAGACCGACAUCGACGAAUGCCUCCCUUCUCCCUGCCACAAUGACGGGACUUGCCACAACUUGGUGGGGGGCUUCUCAUGCAGUUGCCCAGAGGGCUUCACUGGCAUGGCCUGUGAGAGGGAUGUCAACGAGUGCCUUUCCAACCCGUGCAAAAACGGUGCUGCCUGCCAGAACUUCCCAGGAAGCUUCAACUGCAUUUGUAAAACUGGGUAUACAGGGAAAACGUGUGACUCCACUAUCAAUUAUUGUGAGUGCAACCCCUGUUUCAAUGGUGGAUCCUGCCAAAGCGGGGUGGAAGGGUAUUACUGCCACUGCCCCUUUGGUGUUUUUGGGAAUCAUUGUGAACUGAACAGUUACGGAUUUGAAGAGUUGUCAUAUAUGGAGUUUCCCAGUAUGGAUCCAAACAAUAAUUACAUCUAUAUAAAGUUUGCCACUAUAAAAAGGAAUGCCUUAAUGUUGUAUAACUAUGAUAACCAAACUGGAGAGCGGGCAGAAUUUCUGGCCCUGGAAAUAGCAGAAGAGAGGCUGAGAUUCUCUUACAAUCUUGGCAGUGGCACAUACAAGCUUACCACAACUAAGAAGGUGUCUGAUGGACAGUUUCACACAGUUAUUGCCCGGAGGGCUGGAAUGGCAGCAUCAUUGACGGUGGAUUCCUGCUCUGAGGAUCAGGAGCCAGGCUACUGCACUGUGAGCAAUGUGGCUGUUUCUACUGACUGGACUCUCGAUGUACAACCAAAUCGAGUUACUGUUGGUGGCAUCAGGUCUGUAGAGCCCAUCCUUCAAAGGAGAGGACAGGUGGAAAGCCAUGAUUUUGUGGGCUGUAUAAUGGAGUUUGCAGUCAACGGACGUCCCCUGGAGCCCAGCCAGGCUUUGGCAGCUCAAGGAAUCUUAGAUCAGUGUCCCAGACUGGAAGGUGCUUGCAUGACCAGCCCCUGCCAACAUGGUGGCACCUGUGUUGAUCACUGGUCGUGGCAGCAGUGUCACUGCAAAGAUGGACUGACAGGAAAGCAUUGUGAAAAAUAUAUUACUGCCGACACUGCCUUAUCGCUAGAAGGCAAAGGACGACUUGACUACCACAUGAGCCCAAACAAGAAGCGAGAAUACAUGAUGAGACACAGCACUCGAGGCGCUGGCCUGGGACCCCCGAACGUGGACCACUUGGAAGUAAAGUUCAGGACAAGAAGUGAGAACGGUGUUUUAGUUCAUGUCCAGGAAGGCAGCAACUUCACUACCGUGAAGAUAAAAGGUGGGAAAGUGCAUUAUGUAUCCGAUGCUGGAAUUGCUGGGAAAGUGGAAAGAAAUAUCCCAGAAGUGUACGCUGCGGAUGGUCAGUGGCAUUCAGUACUCAUUGAGAAGAACGGGUCUGCUACUAUCCUGUCAGUCGACAAGACUCACAGCCGAGACAUCCUCCAUGCCACGCAAGACUUUGGUGGACUAAAUGUUCUUACAAUUUCUUUGGGAGGAAUCCCAUCAAGCCAACCUUUCAAGAGUGCGGUUUCAGGCUUCGAUGGCUGCAUCUCCUACAUCAAGUACGGCGGGGAGAGCCUUCCCUUCACUGGCAAGCACAACCUCGCCACUCUCUCCAAAACAGACCCUUCAGUGAAGAUUGGCUGCCGCGGCCCCAACGUCUGUGCUAGCAGUCCCUGCUGGGGCGAGCUGAUGUGCAUCAACCGGUGGUACGCCUACCAGUGCGUCCCGCCGGGCGCCUGUGCCUCCAGCCCCUGCCAAAAUGGGGGCAGCUGUGAGCCUGGGGAGCAUGCCGGUUUCACCUGCAGCUGCCCCGAGGCGUACGCAGGACGGACGUGCGAGGCGGUGGUGGCGUGCCUGGGGAUCUCCUGCGCCCCGGGCAACGAGUGUAGAGCAGGGAUCAAUGGUGGCCACAUCUGCCUCCCAUCCCCACACCCCGCCGAGCUGUCCCUGCCCCUCUGGGCUGUGCCGGCUAUCGUGGGCAGCUGCGCGACGGUCCUGGCGUUGCUGGUCCUCAGCCUCAUCCUCUGCAACCAGUGCCGGGGAAAGAAGUCAAAGGCCCCGAAAGAAGAGAAGAAAACAAAGGAGAAGAAGAAAAAAGGGAGUGAGAAUGUGGCAUUUGAUGACCCUGACAACAUCCCGCCCUAUGGCGAUGAUAUGACCGUCAGGAAGCAGCCUGAAGGAAACCCAAAACCCGAUAUCAUCGAAAGAGAAAACCCGUAUCUCAUCUAUGAUGAAACCGACAUCCCACAUGCCACAGAGACGAUCCCCAGCGCCCCGCUGGCUUCCCCCGAGCCUGAGAUUGAGCACUAUGACAUCGACAACGCCAGCAGCAUCGCCCCCUCGGAUGCCGACAUCAUCCAGCACUACAAGCAGUUUCGGAGCCACACGCCCAAGUUCUCCAUCCAGAGACAUAGCCCGCUGGGAUUCGCACGGCAGUCCCCCAUGCCCCUGGGAGCCAGCAGCUUGACCUACCAGCCCGCCUACGGGCAGGGCUUGAGGACAACGUCUUUAAGCCACUCGGCAUGCCCUACUCCCAACCCCCUUUCUCGGCACAGCCCCGCACCCUUCUCCAAAUCAUCAACUUUCUACAGGCAUAGUCCAGCAAGGGAGCUGCACCUUGCCAUAAGGGAAGGGAGCCCGCUGGAGAUGCACAACGAUGUCUGCCAGCCCGGCAUUUUUAACUACGCCACUCGGCUGGGCCGGAGAAGUAAGAGUCCGCAGACCAUGGCGAGCCACGGUUCCCGACCAGCAAGCCGCUUGAAGCAGCCCAUCGGGCAGAUCCCUCUGGAGACUGCUCCUCCAGUGGGGCUGUCCAUCGAAGAGGUGGAGAGACUGAACACCCCUCGCCCCAGAAACCCCAGCAUCUGUAGUGCAGACCAUGGUCGGUCCUCUUCUGAGGAGGACUGCAGAAGGCCUCUGUCCCGGACGAGGAACCCGGCCGAUGGUAUUCCUGCACCUGAGUCCUCCUCCGACAGCGACUCCCACGAGUCCUUCACCUGCUCAGAAAUGGAGUACGACAGGGAUAAGCCCAUAGCGUACACCUCCAGGAUGCCCAAGUUAUCCCAGGUCAAUGAGUCCGAUGCGGAUGACGAGGACAACUAUGGUGCCAGGCUGAAGCCCCGGCGGUACCCUGGCCGCCGAGGCGAGGGGGGGCCGGUGGGGGCACAGGCGACUGCCGCCAGCGCCGGGGAGAGCUCCCUGCCCGUGAAGCUGGGGCAGCAAGCGGGAAGCUUCAACUGGGACAACCUCUUGAACUGGGGCCCGGGCUUUGGGCAUUAUGUGGAUGUUUUCAAAGAUUUGGCAUCACUUCCUGAAAAAACAGCAGCAGCAGCAGCAGCGGGUGAAGACAGCAAAGGUGGUACAACAAAGCCUGUUUCCAAGGAUGGGGAAGCAGAACAGUAUGUAUAG